AAGUGGUCCAAGGGGAAAGUGAGGGACAAGUUGAACAACCUGGUCCUGUUUGACAAGGCCACCUACGACAAACUCUGCAAAGAGGUGCCCAACUACAAGCUCAUCACACCCGCAGUCGUCUCAGAGAGACUGAAGAUCCGAGGCUCCCUGGCCAGGGCUGCCCUCCAGGAGCUGCUCAGCAAAGGUUUGAUCAAACUGGUGUCCAAGCACCGAGCCCAGGUGAUCUACACCAGGAACACGAAGGGCGGCGACGCGCCCGUGGCAGGGGAGGACGCGUAG